AAAUGAGCAACAAAAACAUUGAAUACAAUACAUAUUUGUAUAUCCAAAACCAAAAAGGAAAUUCAAAAACUGAACGGUGCCCACUGCCCAGUGCGGAGUGGCCAUUCCAGCCUCAGCUCAAGUAUUUCCGUCUCCACCGCUGCCACACUACUCAGUAUCUAUACCCUUUUCUCUCUCUCUCUCUCUCUCUCUCUCUCUCUCUCUCUCUCUCUAUACAAAACACACACAUACACACAUUCCAAAACUCUCAUUUCGGCUUGAAGAAGAAAAGCAGAGGAAUCCGGGCAGUUUCCAUCUGGGUUUUAUUCAAAAUAUUCAUACCCAUUUAGUGGAAUUGCAGAAGACGUUUGAGUGAGCAUGGGUUUGAUUCUCCUCAGACUCAACGUACACAUAUUCCGUCCCUUUUUCUUCCCAUCUUCAACUUUUUCUUGAUUUCCCCCACUCCCCCACUUUUGCUUUCUCUCUCGGUCGCACAGAGUUGUGAUUUUUAGGCAGUACGUAUGUACGUGGUGUGGUGUUUAUCUCUGUUCUCCGCCUGUUGUCUGCCACCACCUCUCUUCUUAAUUAGACUAUCCGCCGAAAAGCUUUUUCCAGCUCUCUUUCUCUUUAACUCCGAGAGAGAGAUAGACAUAUAUCUCUUCUUUUUAGUAGUCUUACUUUCCUCAAACUUUCCUCCUUGUAAUUCCUGAUUUUAUUGCCUUUUUUCUUGGUAUGAAGACUUCUCUUUAACGUUGCUCUUCUUUCUCUUUAUUCUCACAGAAUCUCUCGCUUUUUUCUCCACCUCUUCACGCUCUCCCUUUCAAUGCGAAUCUCAUCAUAAACAACACUCACACACACACUCUCUCGCUCUAGUCCCACGAGAAGAAGAACGAAGAAACCAUGUUGCCUGGUAAAAGAGUUAAAUACACUGAGCAAGUAUACCAUACCGUAGUUGUGGGCAGGCCGGAAUAUUCCAUCUCCGGCGGGGAAACUCCUUUUCCGGUCGAGAUGACCACUAGAAUAGUACGGAUUUCCGUUACGGACGCUGACGCCACUGACUCGUCCAGUGAUGAAGAGGGCGGCUCUUCUGGGAGCCGACAGAGAGUCAGGAAAUUUAUUAACGAGGUCAGAAUCCAGCCCUGCUGCAGCGAUAACGGAAACGGUAACGGCGUCGCGAAGAGUGGUAGCCGUGCGUCGGUUAGCAUGCUGAAGCGGAAGAAGUGUAGUGGCGGUAAAACGAAGAAUGCGGCGAAGCUGGGGAAGUUCCGCGGUGUACGGCAGAGGCCGUGGGGCAAAUGGGCGGCGGAGAUUCGAGACCCCUUGCGACGUGUACGGCUGUGGCUAGGCACCUACGAUACGGCGGAGGAGGCUGCUAUGGUGUACGACCACGCGGCUAUUCAGCUGCGUGGGCCAGACGCGCUCACCAACUUCUCCACUCCACCAGUCAAGCACAACAAAACAAGCUCAGGGUACAACUCGGGCGAGGAGUCGCACAGCAAUGUGACAUCGCCCAAAUCAGUCCUCCGGUUCGUCUCAGCGACCGACUCCCAAGCCGAAGCCGAGUCGUGUUCUAUCUUCUCCCCAUCCAACGACGGCGUCUUGAUAAAAGAGAACGACGAUGACUAUUUCUCGGAUGUUUCCAUAUUCCCGCGGGGUGAUGAUUUGUUCAUCGACUUCGAAAACCCGGUACCCGUACCCGAUUUGUUUGAUGAAGCGGGUUUGUCGGACAACAACAUAUUCGGACUGGACCUCGACAGCUGCGAAGACGUGCUCAUCGGGCCAAAUACCACCGAUCUGGGAAUCAGGUCAGGACCAUCCAAGUGGCAGGCGGAUGAUUUCUUUCAGGACUUUGGUGACAUAUUCGGGUCGGAUCCUCUCGUUGCCCUUUGAGUACUUUGAAAAGACACUGUAGCAAACAUUCGCUGAUUUCUCCGCAGUUUUGAAAUAUUACCACCUCAAUCGGCCUAUCCUAUGUUAUAUCCAUCAUCGAGUGUUUUUUUUUUCUUUCUUUUUUUUUUGAGUUUCAGUUUUGUUUUCGGCUUCUCUGUCAAUGUGAAUCUGUUAAAUUUAUGAGUAAAUGAAUUUUUUUUUUCUUAAGUACUAUUGUGAAUUAAUCGAUAUUUUAUGCUAUAAUUAAGAUAUAA